CUUUUUUUGAGACGGAGUCUCCCUCUGUCGCCCAGGCUGGAGUGCAGUGGCGCGAUCUCGGCUCACUGCAACGUCUGCCUCCAGGGUUUAGGUGAUUCUCCUGCCUCAGCCUCCCGAGUAGCUGGGAUUGCAGGUGCGCGCCACCACGCCUGGAUGAUUUUUGUUAUUUUUAGUAGAGACAGCGUUUCGCCAUGUUGGCCCAGGCUAGUCUCGAACUCCAGACCUCAGGUGAUCCGCCGCCUCGGCCUCCCAAAGUGCUGGGAUUACAGGCGGGAGCCACCGCACCCGGCUGAGACCCUAUCUUUUAACCAGCCUGGGCGGCAGAGCGAGACUCUGUCUCAAAACAAAACCAAACAUAAUUCGUAAAAGCGAGUGCUUAGGGGAAGCUAAUGUGCCUCAAAGUCCUGGGGAAGUAGAGGCCCUGGAGACCCGUCCGCAUCCUCUGGCAGUGGCCUUGGAACCGCCGAAGGGAUUCAGCCCAAGGGCCGCGUUCCCGGCAGGCGUCUUUAUUGUGUUGAUUGCGUAGAUGACGUUCAGCACCACAAACGAAGAGCCGAGGCACAGAGUGGGGCCUUGGAUUCAUGAGAUGGGGAUGGAGCAGAAAUGAGAAUUCGGAGUCCAUGAAACCCCCACAAAGACUCCUGCACGGCCGGACUCGGACACUUUGCAAUCUGCUCGUUGAGGGGGAUGGUGUGAACUCAGGGAACAGCCUGAGAUCGCGCCGCUGCACUCCAGCCUGGGCAACAGAGCAAGACCCUGUUUCAAAAACAAAAAAUAACACUAAGCAAUUAACAGGACUAGACUCAGAGGUGAUCGAGAAAUUGAAACAGGCUGGAAAUUUAAAAUAACUGUGAUUAAUAUGUGGAGGUCUCUUGUAUGAAAGGUGAACAAUAUGCAUGAGGAGGAAACUCAUCAAAUUAUAAGAAAGGCAGAACGCUGAUAACAGGUAAUGCUUCUGAUGGGGCAGCAGUAGGAUCAACACAGCUGAGAAAAAUAGGAAUUACCCACGUUGGAAAACAAGAAAAAAAGUUUUUUUUAAAAAAAGCAUCCAAGAACUGUGGGAAAAUAUCAAAUGAUAUAAUAUGCAUGUAAUAGUACUCCCAAAAGAAGAAGAAAGAACAAAGCAUAAAAAAUGUUUGGAGAGAAAAUUACUAUUAAUUUUCCCAAAAUAAUGAAAGACAACAAAAUGCAGACCUGAGCUCAGAGCACACACAAAACUUGAUAAAUAUGAGCACCUGCCUCACACAUGCACUGUAUUCAAACUGUGGAAAUCAGAGAGAAAACCAUGAAGAUGGCCGGAGAAAAAAGAUACGUUAAAUACAGUAACAAAGAACCUGCAACCAUGGUCGUGCCACUAGCCAGCUCGGAAGCCCAGACCGUGCAGUCCCUCGGCUUCGCCAUCUACCGCGCGCUGGACUGGGGGCUGGACGAGAGCGAAGAGCGCGAACUCAGCCCGCAGCUGGAGCGGCUCAUCGACCUCAUGGCCAACAACGACAGCGAGGACAGCUGCUGCGGUGCCGCCGAUGAGGGCUACGGGGGUCCCGAGGAGGAGGAGGAGGCCGAGGGCGUCCCCCGCAGCGUGCGCACCUUCGCCCAGGCCAUGCGGCUGUGCGCGGCGCGGCUGACCGACCCCCGGGGCGCACAGGCGCAUUACCAGGCCGUGUGCCGCGCGCUCUUCGUGGAGACGCUGGAGCUGCGGGCCUUCCUGGCCAGGGUCCGGGAGGCCAAGGAGAUGCUGCAGAAGCUUCGGGAGGACGAGCCGCAGCUGGAGACGCCGCGGGCAGAGCUGGACAGCCUGGGCCACACAGACUGGGCCCGACUGUGGGUUCAGCUCAUGCGGGAGCUCCGCCACGGAGUGAAGCUGAAGAAGGUGCAGGAGCAGGAGUUCAACCCCCUCCCCACCGAGUUCCAGCUCACGCCCUUCGAGAUGCUGAUGCAGGACAUCCGGGCCCGGAACUACAAGCUGCGCAAGGUCAUGGUGGAUGGGGACAUCCCGCCCCGGGUGAAGAAGGACGCUCACGAGCUCAUCCUGGACUUUAUCCGCUCGCGGCCUCCACUGAAGCAGGUCUCUGAGAGGCGGCUGCGCCCGUUGCCACCAAAGCAAAGGUCCCUGCAUGAGAAGAUCCUGGAGGAGAUCAAGCAGGAGCGGAGACUGCGCCCGGUGCGGGGCGAGGGCUGGGCUGCCCGCGGGUUUGGCUCUCUGCCCUGCAUCCUCAACGCCUGCUCCGGAGAUGCCAAGUCCACCUCCUGCAUCAACCUGUCGGUCACAGAUGCUGGGGGCAGCGCCCAGCGCCCGCGGCCCCGCGUGCUGCUCAAGGCGCCUACCUUGGCCGAAAUGGAAGAGAUGAACACAUCUGAGGAAGAAGAGUCUCCGUGUGGGGAGGUGACGCUGAAACGGGACCGCUCCUUCUCAGAGCAUGACCUGGCCCAGCUCCGAAGUGAGGUGGCCUCUGGCCUGCAGCCGGCCACCCAGCCCCCAGGAGGGACGGAGCCACCACGACCCCGAGCUGGCAGUGCGCAUGUGUGGAGGCUCGGCUCCCGAGACCAGGGUACCUGUCCCGCGAGUGUCUCUGACCCCAGCCACCCCCUACUCAGCAACCGGGGCUCCUUGGGGGACAGACCCGAGGCCUCCAUGACCCCCGAUGCCAAACACCUGUGGCUGGAGUUCAGCCACCCCGUGGAGAGCCUGGCGCUGACUGUGGAAGAGGUGAUGGACGUGCGCCGUGUGCUGGUGAAGGCCGAGAUGGAAAAGUUUUUGCAGAACAAGGAGCUCUUCAGCAGUCUGAAGAAGGGGAAGAUUUGCUGCUGCUGCCGGGCCAAGUUCCCGCUGUUCUCGUGGCCGCCCAGCUGUCUCUUCUGCAAGAGAGCCGUCUGCACUUCCUGUAGCAUAAAGAUGAAGAUGCCUUCUAAGAAGUUUGGACACAUCCCUGUCUAUACACUGGGCUUUGAGAGUCCUCAGAGGGUAUCAGCUGCCAAAACAGCGCCAAUCCAGAGAAGAGACAUCUUUCAGUCUCUGCAAGGGCCACAGUGGCAGAGCGUGGAGGAGGCGUUCCCCCACAUCUACUCCCAUGGCUGUGUCCUGAAGGAUGUCUGCAGUGAGUGCACCAGCUUUGUGGCAGACGUGGUGCGUUCCAGCCGCAAGAGCGUGGACGUCCUCAACACUACGCCACGACGCAGUCGCCAGACCCAAUCCCUCUACAUCCCUAACACCAGGACUCUUGACUUCAAGUGACAGCCCCAGGUGGCCAGGCCUCCAGGAGGCACCAGGCAGCCCCUGUAUCAGGCUAGGACGCUCUGAGCUGUGCAUGUACAUAUAUACAUAUAUAGAUACAUUUAUAAUAUAUACACACAGCCUAUAUAUUUAUAUACACAGUUUCCUGGCCCCAGAGCUCAUUUGGGUUCAGGCGCACUUCAAAACCCUCCCUGGGGGAGGCUGUUUCUUCUCAGGAUUCCUUGCCAGGGAGGAAGGGGAGGGAACAGGGUGGGUUUUCUCACUGAAGAGAGAAAGCAGAAGGUUCUAGAUCCUGGCACAGACUGCAUCCCAUGUUCCCAUUCUCUUCUCCGUCCCCAGGAAUGAGAACGGCAGUUUCCCCUCCCCAGUGGACGUCUAGGUGGGGACAGGGUAUCUUGGCUCCCAGCUGGACCAGAGUGCCCUGCUUGCCUCUGCUCUCCCUUUGUGGGGACUUGGGCAGCAGAGGUAUCUGGGAAGUCUCUGAGUAGGCAGGGUCCUCCUGGGAGGCACCCCCACCUGUUUGAAAGGUCUGGCCAGGCGUGGUGGCUCACGCCUGUAAUCCCAGCACUUUGGGAGGCCGAGGAGGGAGGAUCACCUGAGGUCAGGAGUUUGAGACCAGCCUGGCCAACAUGAUGAAAUGUCGUCUCUACUGAAAAUGCAAAAAUUAGCCAGGUAUAGUGGCAGGAGCCUGUAAUCCCAGCUACAGGGGAGGCUGAGGCAGGAGAAUCGCUUGAACCCGGGAGGUGUAGGUUGCAGUGAGCCGAGAUCGCACCACUGCACUCCAGCCUGGGCGACAGAGCGAGACUCUGUCUCAAAAAAAAAAAAAAAAAAAAAAGUCCGUGCCAAGCUGCUCCCUGCCCUUUCCCUUUCCCUGGGAUCCAAACCACAUGUGUCCUGCCUCUCCUGGCCCUACCACAUUCUGGUGCUGUCCUCACUCGCCCCUGGCCCAGAGGCUCCUGAAGAUGCUGGGCGGUCCUGGCACAGGGAGGAGCAGCUCUGUAAAUCUGUGCACAUGGCCACUCUUGGCCUAAUAAAGGAGGUCUCACAGUC